UCUGAGGCACUUGGUGGCAGCUGCACUUGUGAAGCAGGCGGACAUACGUAGAGAAGACUGAGACUUUGAGUCAGUGACGCCGAGCUGCACAACAACAAGCCUCUCCUUCAGCUUCCACACUUGACUACAUCCUCAAAUCGUACUCGAGCGAGCUGCAUUUUUUUCUUUGCACGCUGCAAAGAGAAGCUCUGCGUCCUCCAGGCACCGCGAUCCGUCAUGAACUCUGGAAGCAGGCACUGAGACGAGACAGAGAUGCUGAUGUCUGGGACGCUCCAUCGCCUCCUCCUGGCUGGGACCUGUCUCUGUGUCUGCGGGACCCCUGUCCGCCUCCUCAACUUCACCCCCACGCAGGACUGUGACGGGCAGUGCGCCAGCUCAGGAGCAACUGUCGGGUCAACGCACCCUACAGAUGUAAAGUCUGAACCCUCAGAUGCAGAACAUGAUGUGACUGGCCUGAUAUUGAAUGUAGGUGCGGGAGGAGGGGCUGGCCCACAUGGACGACCUGAGGGGAUAGUUCCAGUGACGCAGACGGAAAACGGGGACAGCCUUGAUGGAAGAUCUGGGCCGAGCGAGGCUGGUGGAGAGGCAUGGAGCCAAAGGAGCGGGGGAAGGAAGGUUGGGAGCACAUCUGAGAUGGGCGACGCUCAAAGUCAGUCAGAGACAGCUUCGUCUGUUGAUCCAGAAGGUAUAAAGGAGGACGUACCUGCCAUCAGCCAGCCAACAGGUGGGAGAAGACACUUGGACCUGGCCUUGAGCACCACAAGGUUGACGCCAGAUGGAUUUUUCGCCUCCUCCACAGCACCACAGCUGAGCAUCUCCACCAGGGAGGGAGAAGAGCAAGGUGGAAUGAAGCUACCUGGUUAUGGUGAUUCUCUUCAGGAUAGAGACCCAGAAGCAAUCUCUACAGAACCUCCAAAUCCUGGAGCACAGAUCCAGAAACUGACCUCCCACAUCCCUCCCUUGUUCUUCGUCUCACCACGGACCUCCACACACUUGUCGAUUUGGGGCCAUGAUGGAGCUACCUCCCUCCCAGAUCCCUUGUUACCUGAGAUCGGACCAAACCUGAUGCCCAGAGAGGAUGGACCUGAGAGCCUGUGGACUGAGGCGGCGAGGCCCAGUGGAGUGGACACCGUGGUCCCACCAUCUCAGGAUGAAGCCACGGAGGGCACCAUGUCAUCAGAGGCGCUCCCUCUCAUCUUCGAGCCUUUUGAAGAUGUCACACCAGAGGGGGCAGCAGCAGAGGCAGUGGCGGCGGUCACGCUGGUGCCCGGCAGUGCUCAGCCUCCUGCUGCCAUGGCAACCGGAGGAAUGCCUCAGUCAGAGGUGGACCUGGACCAGCUGGUCACCGUGGAGACAGACAGCGACGGUCCCUCGCACGCCCCACCCCUGCUGAUGCCAGACUGGACGUCACCUUGGCAGACGUCCGGCGGGGAGCUGCUGGAGCCAAUCGGCUCAUCGGGUCCGUCUGUUUCACAGCGGCAAGCCGGAACUGAGGCGGAGGAUCACUCUGAGAGAGGUGCUGUGAGGACACUGAACCUUGAAGAGAACUUGCCCACCACCGGCCCCUCCUUCUCAUCCUUCCACCGUGCUAUGACAACGGUAACCAUGGCAACCCAUCAUCUGGUGCACAAAUCCAGAUUGGGGUUGGAGGAGAUGGAGUCUGAGGAGGAGCCCGAUGAAGACGAGGAUGAUGAGAACUCUGAGGAAUCAGUGGAGGAUGAGAGUGAGGAGGACCUGACAGAAGCACCCAAAACAUCCUCAACGCAGCCUCCGUACAGCCUCAUCCCUCCACCUCCUGUCUGGGUUCAACGCAACCAGGGGCUGAUGCGGAGCUGGGUAGAGCUGAUCAGAGAAAAGGCGGGUUAUGUGUCUGGGAUGUUGGCCCCUGUGGGCAUCGGCAUCACUGGGGCCCUGCUUAUCGUCGGCGCCCUCUACAGCAUCAGGAUGAUUCACCGCAAGAGGAGGAACAGCUUCAAACACCAGAGGAGGAAGGUCAGGCAGCCAGAGCAACCUCGAGAGCCCGGGACCAGCCGCCAGGAUCAGGCCAUGCUGCUGGCCGACAGCUCCGAGGAUGAGUUCUGACGAGUCCCUUCUGGGCUCCUUUUGUCUGCGACCAAUGGCUGAUGCUCCUGUAAAGGAGCCUUGGCAAACACCCCCAUCGCUAUGACUACCGCAUCUCCAAUCACCCUGGGCUGUUUGGCUAUGACUCAUCUGAUCCACAGAGAGUGACUGGGUAUAGGCCACAAUUUGUACAGGCUGCACAAAGGUCAGCUUUGUAUUCCCCCCUUUCUAAAAGUACCAAUGUGAGCACUUUUCUGAAUGUUGUCAGGUGAUGUUGACUCUAAUGGCUAGGCGGGGCUGGCACGAUGCACUCUGACAUAAAAAAAAUAAUAUUGCUGCUUGUAAAAAAAGAUAUGCUUUAGUAGGGUAUUGGCAGGAUGAAAGUGUUGCUGGUAAAUUGAGGUCGAGUUGAGGGGAAAGUGUAGACCAGCCGGUUUUCUGUCAAGUAAUAAAAAAAGGGCUGUAGAAAAGUUACAUGACAUAAACGAUGUAAAUAUAUGUACUGUACGUAGCUGACUUGGUGUCAGUCGUUUUAGUGUAAAUAAAGUUUUAUUUAUUGCUACACAGCUAGGAUAUUUAAAGGAAGUGUUCAACAUUUUGAAAAAUAUGCUUAUUUGCUUUGAUGCAUAUCCAGAUCAGCGAGUUAGAUGGGGCUAGCAGCUGGUUAGCUUCACUUAGCAUAAAGACUGGAGGGUGAACAGCUAGCUUCGCUCCCUCCAAAGGUAGAGACUUGCCUACCAACAGCUCUAUAACUUUCGAAUGAACACAUUUGUUUAGCCUAUACAAGAAAUGUGUAAAAAAAAAACAACGUCAAUCCUCUGUUUUACUGGUCAUGUUUCAAACUAUUAUUUGGCUGGAGUCUCCACUGGCUACCUUAGAACUGCUAACUGCUAGCAGUUUCCCCGUUUCCAGUCUUUAUGCUUAGCUAAGCUAAGCUAAGCUACCAAUCUCCUGGCUGCAACAUUAGCUUCAUAUUUAACAGACACGAGAGUCGAGAGUGGUGGUCCAGUUUCUCAUCUAACUCCCAGCAAGACUCUGAAUAGAGAAUCUGAAGUUGAUGUUACACCCUGUUAAAUUUUUGGAAUGGGGGCGCCAUCUUGUGAGGUAGAUUUGGUAAGGCCCAAACACACCAAUCCAACAUCAAAGCAAUAGUACUGACGAAGGCCGACUGGUGCGUUGCCUCCUGAUGUCUGUGUCUCACCUAAAAAGUUGCACAUUAACACACUCCAAUGCUACAGCCAACCAGCACGUUUGUUCUGCACCUGCAUGAAAGGAAAUAACUCUCCAUACCAGCAGGUAACGAAAGUCUGUAUUCAUCACUGAUAAAGCGAGACCGGAAGACCGACAGGACAUAUUCAAGAUGCAAGUUAGUCAGUUAGCAAAUUAACAACACAACCAAAUGCUGAAAGAACAAAGCAUAUUUUCCGCUUCUGCUAAAGAGCUCAAUGUCUAAAACAAAAAUCUUACGAUCUCACGCCGUCUUGAUUUUAGUAGGUUGUUUGUUUUUGUCAUUUCUGUUUCUCUUUUCAUUUUCUGUCGGGCUGUGACGCCAAAAAAAGCGGACUUGAGACAGUGGUGUGGGACACACCGCAAAUACAAGGGCGACAGAUGCUCACCGACAAUCCAACAUUGACCAACGGAUGACCAAUGGCUUGGUUUGUCAGGGCCCUUACCUGUACCUGCCAUGGUGGUCACGCAACAGUAUUUGGGGGUACUACGUGACUCAUGGGUGAGGUGGGCGCCUCGUGCAUAGGAGUGGCGUCCUUGCUGCGGUGGCCAUGGGUUCAGUUCCAGCGUGUAGCCUUUUGCUGCAUGGCGUCCCCUCUCACACCUCACUGUCAAGGCAAAAAGACCCCGUUACACUACCUCCCCUCACAUAUCCAGACAAUGUAAACAAUCUUGCUUUUAGACUGAGUGAGUACACUUUGGUAACAGAGAUAACAGUUUGUAGCUCUCAAGAUGGCGCCGCUGUCCCCACAACGUGGUGUAUAUCCUAUAGAUGCACAGAGCAAAAAAAAAGAUAUGUUAGGGGCAAGAAGUGCAACCCAACUACCAGAAAAAAUAUUGCAUUGUACCUUUUUGCAAACCAUGGAUAAGUUACAUUUGUACAUCAUUUUGUAACGGAUACAUUGUGUGUGUGUGGUCAGGUGUAGGCAAAAGAAAUCACUUGGUUAUGGAUAGGGUGAGAUGGCUUCAAACACUUAUGUUUGGUGGCUCAAAUGCCGCUGGAAAAGCAGGGAUAAGUCGGUAAAAAACUCCCAGUUUUGGUGGCUCAAAUGGCACUGGGAAAUGCAGCAAUGUGCCACUAAAAACACCAAGGUUCGGCGCCACAAACCCUGGUUGAACGCCAUAAAACAACUGGUGGUGUUGGUUUGGAACAGCAGUCUACAAUUUGACAGGCAUCUCCCUUAGGUGUCACACCAUCCACCGUCUCCUCCAACGCAUGAUCACAAAUGUCAACAUUAGACACCUUGAUAUGAUACUUGAUAUGAAACCUGUAAUGUGGCGUGGUUUGCAGAAAUGUACAACGCCAACAUUUUUUCUGGUGACUGGGCUGGAGAGUGACAGGAAAGAGACAAGAACACGUUAGGAGGGUUAAUGAGUGCAAACAGUGUUAAAGUGGGGAACACAGGACCCUCAAAAUAACGGCUAAAUGUUAGGUAUAUGGAUUUUGUUAUCUGGAGGGAGCCAUGCUAGCUGUUUCCCUCCGUUUCCUGUCUUUAUGCUAAGCUAAGCUAAGCUAAGCUAAGCUAAGUGUGUCCUGGCUGCAGAAUUAGCUUCAUGGUCUCUUCUCGUCUAACUCUUGGUAAGAAACGGUAUAAGCAAGUUUCUCAAAAUGCUGAACUACUUUCCUAAAGUAAGAGUCCCACACAUUUCAGAAACCUUCACAUACGAUUCAUUUGAAUUAACGCUUUGUUUAAAUGUGAAUUUUGUGUAAAUGUAAAUGUUUUAUUCAAACGCAUUUGAGACGCUCAUACAAAAUACCAUAAUCCUACAAAAGUAUGUAGCAUAAAACAGAUUUUGAUGUACAAUAUAACUCUGGUAUGAAUUCAUUAUUUUGCUAAAUCUUACUUUUGUUUUUUAAGUGCAUGACUAUCAAGUCAGUUCAUAAGCGGACCUGUUGCAGAGACUUCCCUCUAAUGAAUGAAGUGUUUCUGUUGGCUGGAUAAGCACAAACAUUGAAGACACUGGGGCAGAAGUUCAUAUUUUCACAAGUUUUUUUUUCCUACCAGCUCAUUUUUUGCACAAUAGUGGUUCUGUGUUUUAAUCUGGUUCAGAUAAGGACAGAUAACGGAGACGCUCUGGUCGACACAUCCGGCCUGGGAAUGUCACAUUGCUGAGCUGCAAUGAAAUGUAGUAAAAUCAAGUAACCUUAAGGUUUUAAUAAAAAGAGGAAUCAUUUAAUAAAAACUCAUCUUCUGUAGGUCAGACAGAAAAGAAACAUUUGAACAUAUGAGCCAUGUUUGUGACACCAAUGACGAUAACAUAGAGUCUUGUCUUUAGUUCAAAGAAAAUAUAUUUUCUGUAACUUGAUGAGCCAUCUGAUAUGCUUAAUGUACAACUGCCUGUUUAUAUGCAAUAAUACUGUUCUAGGGUCAGUGUGAUGUAAAAUAGUGGACACUUUUUGUCUCUUUAUGUAGAUAUGAUGUGAUCAAAUAAACAAUUCUUUUAGA